AUGCCUGGUUCCGUCGCAUCAGCCUUCCACAGAUCGUCUGCACCAUACCCGAUCGAUCCCGCCUCUCGAGGCGUCAAGCGAAGCCGUUCCCCGGACGAGUUCCGGGACUCGGGGCGACCAGGGUCAGCUGGUAAUGACGGUGGUGACAAUCCCAAGAAAAGAGGUAGAACGAUGAAGUCCAGACCAUCUGGGGGCGUACCCGAGGCUGCGGCCGCCACGCCCAUCCCGCCUGUUCAACCUCUCCCUCAGACGAUUCCUCCGCAAACACCACAAAGCCAGAAUGCGCCCUUGCCAGCGCAAACGCCCACCUACGCCCCUCCUCAAACGUCGCCUCCCAAAUCGACUCCCAAGUCAACGCUGAAAGCGCUCCCCACGGUACGCGACCACACAACUGACCAGUUGGGCCCUGGUGGGGAUGAGUACCUCCCACGCGAGAUCGAUGAGGCCGGCGAGAAGAAGGUUCUGCCUAAUGGCCAGCUUACUGGGAACCGCGAGUAUCGAUGCCGGACCUUCCACGUUCCGAAUCGUGGCGACAAACUGUUCAUGCUCGCCACUGAAUGUGCGCGCGUUCUUGGAUACAGAGAUUCGUACUUGCUCUUCAACAAGAACAGGUCGCUCUACAAGAUUAUCGCCAGCCAGGUGGAGAAGGAUGACCUAGUAGCCCAGGAAAUCCUCCCCUUCUCGUAUCGCUCGCGCCAGAUUGCUAUCGUGACAGCAAGGAGCAUGUUCCGUCAAUUCGGAAGCAGGGUCAUCGUGAACGGGAGGAGGGUCCGAGACGACUACUGGGAGACGAAGGCGCGCAAGCAGGGUUUUACCGAGGCCGAUCCGGCGGGCGAGAAGCGGCCUGGCGCUUCAAAGGCCCGCGAGGCCGAAGCUAACCACAACGCAUCUCUGUUAGGGGCGCCUCAUGGGGAGAUCGUUUACAGCACCACCCCGGGUCAGUUCGGCGGUGCGCCCCAGCCGCAACUGGUUCAACCAGGUAUGAUUGGAGCGCCGCCAGGAAGCUCGACAAGAAUGCCCGUGAUAACACUAGGACCAGAUUACAACGAUACCCGGAGCCGGGAUUACUCCAGCAUCUUGAAGACGGGCCCACGUCAGGAGAUCACUGGACCGCCCUAUCAGGAUCGGAUCCAGCCCACCCCGAUAGCAGAGCUGCACGCCCAGGCCCAUCAUGCGGCCGACUACAACCGGUCGGUCAACCAGCAGCGAGAGAUUCGCGGUGAUUACAUGCAGAGUGUCUGGCGGAGGCCGCACGAGCAGCCUCCUCCGACAACAAUGAGCCAGUCGGCCAGCACGACCGAUGCGUCGGCGUCAGCAAGCCGCCCGGCGACGACGACGGGCAUGCAGCAACCCGGCAUCGUUCCUAACCAAAGUCCGCAAAUGAUGAUGACGGCAGCGCCAUAUUCGCAAUCCAUACACGCGCAGAACCCGGUCGGCCAAGGCGCGUUGAGAGGUAUGGCCCAAGAUCCAGCUCAGAGCGCUUCAAGACCAACAUAUCCGUCUUCAGGCUCCGCUGGGACCAUGCCGCAAACGUCCCAGAACUACAGCUACACGCAGAACCAGAUGUGGCCGCCGACGCCGCAGACCCCACAGCAUGGUUAUUCUGCCUACACGACGAGUCAGUCCCAACCGUCUCCUCAUCCACAGCAGUCGCCGGCACCGCAGAUGCGCCACUCGAGCGCGACGAGCCAAGUGCAGCCGGGCGGCAUGUCUUACCCGGGAAUGCCGGGCAUGGGUCAGGGGUAUGGGACGAGCGCCGCCACCGCCCAGGGAAUGUAUCCCGCCGAUCAGACACCGCGCCAGUACAUGCACCAGAACCCGCAAGCACCGGCCGUUACGCAGGCGUGGUCUCAGCAGCAGACCCCCGCGCAGUGGUGGACAAACCAGCCGCAAUGA